CAUCCUCGAUAGAAGCGGAAAUAAAGCAACAUAUACAACGCUGGCGGUGAUCACACGUGGGUACGCAAAUUUGUUAGAGUAAUAUGGUGAAGUCAGUUUAAUUAGAAAACAUGUCGAAGAGGCAGACAGCUAUGUCAGAAGAAAAGCCCGGUUCUGAAGUGGGGCACGGGGAGAAGGAGGUCCAGGAUCCGCCGCCGGAGACUAGACGGACCCGCAGCGGUCGCAAAGUGCGCACUCCUGCCGCACUGCUAGAUUCAGAAGCCCCGGUGAGUACUCCCAGCCGGAGGACCAGGAGGUCUGUCCUCCAGGAGCUGCCGGCGGUGGAAGCGAAAAACUCGGAGGAGGCAGCGCGGGGACCCGAGAUUCUGCCCGAGGAGAAGCUCAGUGUGUCCGCCGAACCGGAGCCGUGUGCCGUGUCAGAGCCGCCGGAGCCGCACACAGACAUAGCCGACGUUAACGGGAGUGGAGACAUUCACCUGUCCAGGCCUGCACCAGCAGAAACGGGACCCACGAGUACCGAGACCGUCCCAACAAAGAAGCCUCGUUUGGGUCCAGGUGGUAAACAAAAUCCGGUCAUUCCGCUGGGAAAACCCAAAUCUGGGAGAGUGUGGAAGGACCGCAGCAAGCAGAGGUUCUCUGCACUGGUGAGAGAUAAACCGCUGUGCUCUUCUUGGGAAAAGAAGAUGAAGGCAAAGCAGGAGAAGGACCUAGUGAAACAGUAUUCUUUGCAGCUUAAAGAGGAGAAAGCCAAACAGAAAGAGGAAAAGAGGAAAAGGAGAGAAGAAAACUUGAAGCGUCGUGCAGAGAACGAACGCAAAUCAGAGAUUGUGCAAGUGAUCAGGAACACAGCAAAGAUCAAGAGGAUGAAGAAGAAACAACUCAGGAAAGUUGAGAAGAGAGACACGCUGGCUCUGCUGCAGAAGUCACAGAAGCAGAAUGUAAAAGCCAAAGGGCAAAAAAGUAAUAAGGUUGACCAAGAUUUGACCUAAAAACUGUAAGAUAAUAAAAAUGCAUCUUGUACUUUGCCUACAUGUCUUAUAUUUAGAUGUCUAAAAUACAACAAACAUGUUUGUUUGGGAGGACUUAUUCACAGUUUAAUCCAAUAAAAGCUUUCUAAACAGAAGUAUUAAGUUAAAAAUAGUAAAAAUAAAUAUAACAUGCUGCACAAUAGGUGCGAUUGCUGCUGGUCAGGUCGGCACUAAGGCGAUCAUCAACAAACCGUUAAGAUUGAAUCUUUUCUGUCUCUGUUUUUUCUGAAGUAUCCUAUAAUUAAUUUGCUUAUUGACCUGAAGAGCCUGAAUGCCUGUAAAACAUCACAUGGAGCAACUUUGUUUCACUUACAGGAUUUUAUAUUGAAUAAAAUUUCACUUUUUACUGUU